UCCAUGGAUGGCCAUGGUUAUCCUCUCCUUCCUCCUCCUGCUCCUCAUGCCUCUCGCCUCUGCCGAAACUUGGCCAUUUUGUGGCGACAGCGGUGACUACGAAUUAAAUAGCACCUAUGAAGCCAACCUCCUGCUCCUCUCAUCCACCCUCCCGAACAAGGCAGCAUCCAGCACCACCCUAUUCGCUACCGACACCGUUGGCAAUGGUCCGAACACAAUCUUCGCCCUCGCUCUCUGCCGCGGGGACUACAACGCCUCUGCUUGCGAGGGAUGCUUGGUUAACGCCUUCCAGGAUGGACAGGAGCACUGCCCGAACAAUAAGGACGUCACCGUGUACUACAAUGGCAAUCCCUGCAUGCUCAGGUUCUCCAACCAGAAAUUUCUCGCCACCACCGUCAAUGACAAAAUACUUGUCAUUGCGAACAUUGAGAUGCCGCUUAACACCUCGACAAGAGCUGACUCCUUCAGGCUCUUGUUGGUCACACUUCUGAACAACACGGCUCAAUCGGCCGCGAACAGCUCGAGGAGGUUCACCACUUCGCGCUUAGACGUCAGCUCCUUCCCGACGCUUUACUGCCUUAUGCAGUGCACGCCCGACCUGACCGCCGAUGACUGUGCAGCCUGUUUCCAGCCUUACUCCCAGUUAACGCUCAGGUACAUAGACAGUAGGCAAGGUGGUCAAGUUCUGGGGACACGGUGUAGCAUGAGGUACGAGAUAUACCCAUUCUUCCAAGGGGAGCCCAUGCUGCGUACUAUCAACUUGGUAUCUGAACUUCCGGCGAUCAACAACACAAUGCCGCCAGUUACAGUGUACCCGCAGUUGCCGGCUGCGCAAGCCACCAUCCAAGAACACCAAGGACGCAACUCAAACCGGAAGGCGCCGUGGAUUAUUGCUGUUGCAGCUCCAUUACUAUCAAUAUUUCUGUGCUUUAUCUGUUGUAUUGUAUGGAUGACAAGACGAAGAAAGGGAACGGAAAUCUUACACGAUCAAGCUGCCAAGAAUAGGCCGGAAGAAGACACAUUGGUUUGGAGAUUGGAAGAUAAGAGUUCAGAGUUCACUCUCUUUGAAUUUUCUGAGAUAUUGCAUGCUACGCGCAACUUCUCCAAAGAAAACCUACUUGGGCAAGGUGGUUUUGGUCCUGUCUACAAGGGCCAAUUAUCAGAUGGAAUGGAAAUUGCAGUUAAAAGGCUUGCCUCACAUUCGGGACAGGGUUUCACCGAAUUCAAAAAUGAAGUUGAACUUAUUGCAAAACUACAGCACAAUAAUCUUGUCAAGCUCAUGGGAUGCUGCAUUCAGGGAGAGGAAAAACUAUUGGUGUACGAAUAUUUGCCAAAUAAGAGCUUGGACUUCUUUAUCUUUGAUGUUAGCAGAACAACUUUGGUUGACUGGAAUAAAAGAUGUGUGAUAAUCGAAGGGAUAGCCCAAGGUUUACUGUAUCUCCACAAGCACUCUCGGUUGCGCAUCAUACACAGAGACCUUAAGGCCAGCAACAUUCUUUUGGACCAGGACAUGAAUCCUAAAAUUUCUGAUUUUGGGCUAGCAAAAAUUUUCAGCUCCAAUGAUACUCAAGGAAGCACAAAAAGGGUGGUGGGAACAUAUGGUUAUAUGGCUCCGGAGUAUGCAUCUGAAGGCAUUUACUCGAUCAAAUCUGAUGUGUUCAGCUUUGGUGUCUUACUUCUCGAGAUCCUUAGCGGACAAAGGAAUUCUGGUUUCCAUAAGCAUGAAGACUUUCUUAACCUCCUUGGAUAUUCAUGGCAGCUCUGGGAAGGAGGAAGAUUUCUUGAGCUUCUAGAAGCAUCAAUUGCUAAGGAGAUCCAUGCAGCGGAGGCUAGGAGGUACAUUAACAUUGCACUAAUGUGCGUACAAGAGCAUGCAGAUGAUCGACCGACCAUGUCAAAUGUCGUUGCGAUGUUAAACAGCGAGGCUGUUAUUCUUCCAGAGCCUAAACAUCCGGCAUACUUCAACCUCAGAGUAUCUAAGCAAGGUGAAUCGGGUAGUGUUCUGUGCAGUCAUAAUGAUGUAACUAUCUGCAGUAAUAAUGACGUAACCAUCACUGAGGAGCCAGAUGGCAGAUAGUUGGUCACUUUGCUUCAGACCUUCAGUUGUUAAUGGAAGUGCUAGCAAUCAGACAGCCUAUCAUAUUUUGGUUCUGAUGAAGGAUUGCGACCGGCGUACCUCUGUAGCACUUGUUUGGUUCCUGCCGUGAAGGAAGCUCUGCUGGUGUCCGUAGGCUAUAUUGAUAUGCAGGUUAAUACUGUAUUUAACUUUUGUGCACCGCACCAUCGUUUUCCACUGGUGGCUGCUGCUGUAGAUUUUAAAGGAAGACUUGAAAUCCAAAGGAUUUCAAUCUGAAAGUAGCUGCAUUAACUGAA